AUGAGGUACUCUGGUAGUGAUGAUGAUGAUGAUGUUCUCCUAGUCGAUUCCGGCUACGGCGGCCAAUCUCAAAAAAGACUAGCCAACUGCGCAGGAGAUAUUACAGUGCACAAGUGUACGCGCAGACACAACGUGCACUCUCUAUUCCUAUCACUCUCAUACUCCGGUGGGACGACCACUCAACACGACCGGUUGGCGGUGUUUCACCCCGUGCACGGAGAGCUCGUAAAGCCGUCGGUCCUGCGCCUUAACUCUCACUGGUCGUGUCGAGUGGUCGUCCCACCAGAGUAUGAGAGUGACAGGAAUAGAGAGUGCACUUGUGUCUGCGCGUACACUUGUAAAAUAUCUCCUGUGCAGUUGGCUAGUCUUAAUGAGAUUGGCCGCCGGCCGGAAUCGGUCAGGAGAACAUCAUUACAU